GUCGCUGCCCGCCCUCGGCGACCCCAGAGAAGUGCCCGAGUGGAGGGCUCUGUUGACAUCGCUGAGCCCAAAGCUGAGCCCAAAGCUGAACCCGCUCCUGAGGCUCAACAGGACGAGAGCAUCCCUGACGGCGCUGUGUCGAGUCGCCCGAAGCCCUCCCGCUCUGCAGCAGUCAAACCCAUAGCAGAGCGCAAGACGGGCCCAAAAGGCCCAGGGCACCACCCAGUCAGGGCUGUCUCUGUCCCCCACCCACCUGUGAGCAAGCCCGUGCCUCCUCACAUGAACCCUCAUGCACAGAGAGCCUUCUCUGUCGCAGGUACAGCUGACACUCAGGCCCAGACGCUGGAAGACUUCAGGGUGCACAUCAUCACUUGGAACGUGGGCUCGGCCACUCCACCUGAUGACAUCACCGCCUUGCUGGGGCUGAACGUGGGCGAUGGAAACACAGACAUGUACAUUAUCGGGCUGCAGGAAGUGAACUCUAUGAUUAACAAAAGGCUGAAAGAUGUCCUCUUCACAGACCAGUGGAGCGAGGUCUGCAUGGAGAGACUCAGCCCCUUUGGUUACGUGCUGGUGACCUCCCAGCGGAUGCAGGGAUUGCUACUGCUGGUUUUCGCCAAGUAUUUCCAUCUGCCGUUCCUCCGCGGCGUCCAGACCGAGACCACCCGCACUGGCCUGGGGGGAUACUGGGGGAAUAAAGGUGGAGUGAGCGCCCGCAUGUCAGUGUUCGGUCACACCGUCUGCUUCCUGAACUGCCACCUGCCGGCUCACAUGGAAAACUCUGAGCAGCGCAUGGAGGACUUCGAGAGCAUCCUGCAGCAGCAGCAGUUUGAGGGCCAGGCGGCCACUGGGGUUCUCGACCACGAUGUGGUGUUCUGGUUGGGAGAUCUCAAUUUCCGCAUUGAUGACCUGGACAUGCAAGUGGUGAAAUCAGCCAUUGACAACAACAGGUAUUCCAUGCUGUUGGAAAAGGAUCAGCUGAACAUGGCCAAAGACAGUGAGCCGGUGUUGGAGGGUUUCCAGGAGGGGCCGCUGAAAUUCCCUCCCACCUACAAGUUCGAUGUGGGAACAAACACAUACGACACAAGUGGAAAGAAACGCAAGCCGGCUUGGACCGAUCGGAUUCUCUGGCGUCUGAGAGCCACCGCGCCUGCCGCACCUGGCGAGGGGAAGCGCACCUCCAUAUCAGGGCUGACCAACGGGGCCAAAGUGACGCAACACUGCUACCGGAGUCACAUGGAAUUCACCGUCAGCGACCACAAACCAGUCUGUUCCAUUUUUACUCUGCAGUUCCCUUACAAGGUGGAUGUUCCCCUGGUCACGCUCUCUGUGGAGGAUGAGUGGAAUUGCAUUGCUGAUGCGAUAGUCAAAUUCAAGCUGACGGCCAACUUCGCACGCAGCUCCUGGGACUGGAUCGGACUGUACAAGGUGGGAUUCAAACACCACAAGGACUAUGUGGGAUACGUGUGGGCCAAGCAAGAGGAGGCUGACUUUCAACGACAGGAACAACAGGUGACCUUUACCGAGGAGGAGCUGCCCAAAGGCUCAGGGGACUUCAUCAUAGGCUACUAUAGCAACAACAUGAGCACCAUUGUGGGUGUGACAGAACCAUUUCAGAUCCAGCUUCCCACUACAGGCCUUGACGCCAGCUCUUCAGACAGCUCUGACUUCAGCUCAGAAGACGACAGCACUGUCCCCCACAUGAAGACGAGGUCCCGCAGUCCCAGUCCACGGAAGGGCAAACACCGCCGGCAUCGCAGCGGCACCCACAGCGGCGCCCACAGCCGCAGCCGCUCAGGCAGUCCUGCACAGGUCAAAGUGAAAGAGCGCCACCACAAGGAUGCUCCUAAGUCCGGCACCAAAGCUGAGAGUGAGUCUGCAGGGCAUCCAGCAGAGGGCGGCAGCAGCCCGGCGUCCGCUCCUGCUGAGAAAGACCAAAACCCGGUGGAUUCAGGAGUGUGAUGCACCCGGUCCUUCUGUUGUCACAGGUCACAUAACCAACCGUUGUGUGUUUUUAUUUGAUACAUCCACUAUGAUGUAUGUUUUCUGUCGUGAAAAUAUACAGUUUGUGAUGCCAUCCUUUUCAGGAACGGCCCUCUGGCUCGUCCGGAAGGCUCACUUUGCCUUCAGUUGUUUUAUUAAGCUGUGCACAUAUUGUAUGUAUAUUUUUUUAUUUUUGAAACCUUUCACUUUGUUCUGUGUUUCUUGUAGCUUUGUGCGUUCUCAGGUGUGGACAGUACAGGGAGCUGAGCCCUUGCUUUAGGAACUACUCAAGGAGUUCUGGUUAUGUAGAAUAUAAGAGUGGUCCCUUCAUAACCUUUAGAAACCAUCCUCCCUACAUGUCAACAGUGGAUUUUAAUUCUGCACUUGCCCUUUGCAGUCAUGUCAGCAGACUGCAAACAAGCAACAGAAGAGAAACGUGUGUGAUGCAGAGAUAACUCACCCAUCACUCUGUUUGCUUCAGUUGCAGAUCAAAUAUUUUUAAGAAACAAAUCUGCUCAAACCGAAAGAACCACAAGGAAAGAGGGAAAGAUCAGCAUCACCCAUCACUUGUAUGGUUAGUUUGUAUAAAUCUGCAUAUGGACAAGCAGUUUGACUCUUGAAUAUAUUCAAUAUUUUGAAAAUUCCGCAUGAUAUUACACUCGGGGAGCAUUACAAAUGAUCCAGCAAUGGGAUAGAAGUUGCUCUGGCCUGUGUCUAAACAGAGGAGAGCCAAUGUUGGUGGAGAACGAGUCUCUGGGGCUCAGCCACCAGCCUCAGCAGCAGCAGCAGCAGAUCACAUGUCAGCAUCCAGAGGGAGUGUGGGCGUAAGAGCCUUAAAGUGGAUGUGGUUGGUGUGAGAAGCUCGCUGUCAGCUGACAGAACGGUGCUGUCUCGUCAGAACCAGUUGACAAAUUGUUGGCCACUCUGCUCGGCCAGCUCCAAUGAUAAUUAUAGCAAUAUCUUCUCCAACAUGUAUUGCUUAUGACAACCAUACCUUUUCUGUGAGUUAGAGGGCCUCAUCCCAGGCAGGGAGGAGGUUAAGUUACUUUGUUUAGAUGAGUUUACCCACAACACCAAAAUUAUUUUUGUGGUUUUUUCUUUUGAUUCCAUUUCGCAUAUUUAAUCAUAUUUUUGACUUUGUGUGUUUGUGUGAUGAUUUCAACAUGAGGUAGACUUGAUUUUCAAUCUGGAUGUCACUGACAAAUGUGAACAUGAACUCUACUAUGUAGAGCUAUCACAGGGCUUUGUAUUAUACUCUGAGUAGUAUAAUACAAAACUGACAUGUUCCACUAUCUUGAAAUAUCACAAUACCAAUGUGAUAUUUCAGGUUUAUCAAAUGGUCCUUUAGACUUCUUUUACUUGGUGAAUAAUUUUGACUUUUCAGUUCUUCUUCUCUCUUGCUCAGAUUCUUUCUUAUGGAUCCUGGUGAUUAGCUGACAGCGAAAACAGUCACAAUAGUUGUGUUGAUAUGUUACCUUGUGACCUCUUAUACACCAUUGUAGACACUUUGUACCUUUGGGCUGUUAGCGUAGGACAGUGUUUACUGUUGUAGCUGUAACCUCAGUGUGUGUAUGUGUUUCUAUGGAUGUGUGUGUGUGCGUGCGUGUGUGUGUGUGUGGCAGUGAAUGGUUUGCGACUGUGUUGGCAUGGUUUGCUGCUGGACAUACUGUACAUUCCGGUACUGUGAUUUUUGUGCCGUAAAGUGCUGUUUUUGACUCCUCUUUGUUAGAAACGUGGCUGUGACAAUUGUUAGAGAAACAUGUUAAGGACAGUAUAAACAUUUAACAUCAGUGUAAAUGUAGGUAAAAGAAAAUGCAGGAUACUUAAUGCUUUCAUAAAUAGGAAGCCGUUUGAAUCAUAUCAUGGUGCAUUCAUGUAUUUUAUUAAUUUAUAAUAGGGAUAAUCUAGGUUUGCUUUAGAGUAACGUUUGAAAAAGAUUAAGAUUGUAAGAACCUUGUCCUACUUAUGGUCAUUUAGAUAAGUUUGAUCAGUCCUGCAGCCCUGACCAGUGAUUAUAUAUUGUGAAACGUUUAUGAAAAAAAAGCUCUGUUAACAGAAUGUUAUUGUUGUGUAAUUAUGUGGCUAGAGGAAUAGAGCAAAAGAUAUAUGAACAUAUGAAGUAUGAUAAAAAAAAACAUUAUAUAGCAGACAAUCUAUGCCACAAAGUUUAUUUUUACUUAAAUUAUGUAUUUAUUUUCUUAUUUAACUGUUCAAUGAGCCUGAAUUCUGCUGGCCAGUGAGGGAGCAUUAUUUCAACGGAAAUAUAAACAUUAAUUUUGUAUUUGGAACUAUGAAGAGUUAAGAUCAAAUGUUGCUUUUAAUGUCUGAAAUGUAGAUUGUUAUGUCUACAGGUGUUUGUAUCGUGAAUACAUUUAAAAAAAAAUACAGAUAGCGAGGUGUGAGGUAUCGAUUGUUGGCACAUGAGGAUUCAUCUCUGUGAAAUCAUGUGAUCGGUGAGGAGGAUUUUUAAGGGUUGUUUGCUUUGUUCUUCAACCCCUGAAGUAGUGCAACACUGUCCAAAGAAAAAAUAUAUACUCUCCUUCAAA